AUAAAUUAUCUGCUAGGUUAUGCCUCAGGAAGUCCUGGUGAUGGAGUCAGGCGAGCUAUCAGAGCAAGGAAAGACUUAUAUUCCUCCCCGUGUCCUUCAUGAGGCACUGUGUGUCAUCUCAAGUGUAGCUGGGCUGGAUGUGGAUUCCUUUGAGACAGAAAAGCUGGCUCUGGAGAUGCUGCUGGUGAGCCAUCAUCCAUCUCUGGUGGCAGUACAGCCAGGUCUUUGGCCAGCCCUCCUUGUCAAGAUGAAGAUAGAUCCCAAAGACUUUAUUACCAAACACCUGAAUGACAUAUUACCCAGACUCACUGCCUACGCUCCAGACAACCAGUCAUCUAUGAAUGCAGUGGGAUCUCUCUCUCUGCUCUCACCUGGUAGAGUGCUCCCACAGCUCAUCAGCACCAUUUCAGCAUCAAUGCAGAAUCCAGCUCUGUGUCAGGUUACUCGAGAGGAAUUUGCCAUCAUGAAGACACCAGAGGGAGAACUGUAUGAUAAGUCUAUAAUACAGAGUGCUCAACAGGAUAGUAUGAAAAAGGCUAACAUGAAGAGAGAGAAUAAAGCUUACUCCUUCAAGGAACAGAUCAUUGAGCUGGAGCUGAAGGAGGAGAUAAAGAAGAAGAAGGGGAUAAAAGAUGAGGUGCAACUGACUAGCAAGCAGAAAGAGCUGAUGCAGGCACAGCUGGAAAAGGAAUCUCAGAUAAGAAAACGACUCAAGGAGCUUGAUAAUGAACUGGAAACAGCCUUGGGACUGCUGGACACUGUUAUCAAGAGAAAACCUCCUGGUCUAACUCAGUACAUCCCCAGUCUCGUUGGUUCCUUUUUGCCACUUUUCAGAUCGCCUUUGGCUGCUCCAAGAAUUAAGGAUCCUUUUCUUUCCUUAGCUUCCUGUGUCAUGCCUGAUCGACUUAAAACCUUUGGUACUUUAGUGAGCCAUGUGACCCUGCGCCUGAUGAAACCAGAAUGUGACUUAGAUGAAUCGUGGUGUCAAGAAGAGCUUCCUACUGCUCUCAACAGAGUAGUUAGCUUGCUGCAUGCCCACACCAUUCCUAGUCGAACUGGCAAAGGAGAGUCAGGUGCUGCUCCAUUAUCAGCUCCAGCAUUUUCUUUAGUCUUUCCUCUUCUAAAGACUGUUAUGACUGAGACGUCCCAUGACAGUGAAGAUAAGGAGGAAUUCCUGGUCAAGAUUCUGCAGAUCCUUACAGUUCAUGCUCAGCUGAGAUCAUCAACAAACGGCCAGGCUUUGCUGGUGGAUGAGAAUGGCCCAGAGUUGUUGCCCCGGAGGGAAAUGCUGCUUCUGCUGACCCGAGUGAUAGCAACAGGCUCUCCACGGUUACAGGUCUUGGCUUCCAAUGCACUGACCUCCGUGUGCAUGAGUAGCAGUGGAGAGGAUGGCUGUGCCUAUGCAGAACAAGAGGAGAUUGAUGUGUUACUUCAGGCCCUGCAGUCUCCAUGCAUGAAUGUUCGAGAUGCAGCUCUCAGGGGACUGAUGGAGCUACAGAUGGUUCUUCCAACCCCAGACAGUGAUGAAAAGAAUGGAUUAAAUCUGUUGCGUCGCCUUUGGGUAGUCAAGUUUGAUGUGGAAGAUGAGAUUCAGAAACUGGCAGAGAGAUUGUGGGAGUCCAUGGGUCUGGAAGUGCAGCCUGACCUCUGUUCUCUGCUGAUCAAGGAUGUCAUCUACCACGAAGAGGCAGUGCGACAAGCAGGUGCUGAAGCUCUUUCCAAAGCUGUAGCUCAGUAUCAAAACCAAACAGCAGAGGUUAUGAAUAAACUUACAGAAAUUUACCAGGAGAAGCUCUAUAGGCCACCUCCAGUUUUGGAUGCCUUGGGACGAGUGAUAUCUGAAUCACCACCUGACCAGUGGGAAGCAAGGUGUGGCAUUGCUUUGGCCCUUAACAAGCUCUCAGAGCAUCUGGACAGUUCUCAGGUGAAGCCCCUCUUCCAGUUUUUUGUGCCAGAUGCUCUGAAUGAUCGCAAUCCUGAAGUCAGGAAGUGCAUGUUAGAUGCAGCUCUUUCGACACUCAACACUCAUGGCAAAGACAAUGUUAACUCUCUCUUGCCAGUGUUUGAAGAAUUCCUGAAAAAUGCUCCUAAUGAUGCCAGUUAUGACGCUGUCAGGCAGAGUGUGGUCAUUCUGAUGGGCUCACUGGCAAAACAUCUGGACAAAAGUGACCCUAAAGUGAAACCAAUUGUUGGCAAACUGAUUGCAGCUUUGUCCACACCAUCUCAGCAGGUUCAAGAGUCGGUGGCAAGCUGUCUUCCACCACUGGUGCCUGCGAUUAAGGAGGACGCAGGAGGAAUGAUACAGAAGCUAAUGCAGCUGCUUUUAGAAUCUGAUAAAUAUGCCGAGCGCAAAGGUGCAGCUUAUGGACUGGCAGGCCUGGUGAAAGGCCUUGGCAUCCUUUCUCUCAAGCAGCAGGAGAUGAUGACCACACUGACUGAUGCUAUCCAAGACAAGAAGAACUUUCGGCGGCGGGAGGGGGCUCUGUUUGCCUUUGAGAUGCUCUGCAGCAUGCUUGGAAAGCUCUUUGAGCCCUACGUGGUUCAUGUGCUACCUCACUUGCUGCUUUGUUUUGGAGAUGGGAACCAGUAUGUGCGAGAGGCUGCAGAUGACUGUGCCAAAGCAGUGAUGAGCAACUUGAGUACUCAUGGAGUGAAGCUGGUUUUGCCAUCACUUCUUGCUGCACUAGAAGAGGAAUCUUGGAGAACCAAAGCUGGGUCAGUGGAACUGCUGGGAGCUAUGGCAUACUGUGCUCCCAAACAGCUCUCCUCCUGCUUACCCAAUAUUGUGCCAAAACUUACUGAAGUGCUCACAGAUUCUCAUGUGAAGGUGCAGAACGCAGGUCAGCAAGCUCUCAGGCAGAUUGGGUCUGUCAUCAGGAAUCCAGAGAUCCUUGCAAUUGCUCCAGUUUUGUUGGAUGCUCUCACUGACCCCUCCAGGAAGACCCAAAAAUGUCUGCAGACUCUACUGGAUACCAAAUUUGUCCAUUUCAUUGACGCUCCAUCCUUAGCACUUAUUAUGCCAAUUGUUCAGAGAGCUUUUCAAGAUCGUUCCACAGACACCAGGAAAAUGGCUGCCCAGAUUAUUGGGAACAUGUACUCCUUGACUGAUCAGAAGGAUCUGGCUCCUUACCUACCCAGUGUGACUCCUGGACUGAAGGCAUCCCUGCUGGAUCCUGUGCCUGAAGUGCGUACAGUAUCUGCCAAGGCACUGGGAGCCAUGGUGAAGGGCAUGGGAGAAUCAUGCUUUGAGGAUUUGUUGCCAUGGCUGAUGGAGACACUGACAUAUGAGCAAAGUUCAGUGGACCGAUCUGGUGCAGCUCAAGGUCUGGCUGAAGUUAUGGCUGGUCUAGGGGUGGAGAAGCUGGAGAAACUUAUGCCAGAGAUUGUAGCUACUGCCAGUAAGGUGGACAUUGCUCCACAUGUACGAGAUGGUUAUAUUAUGAUGUUCAACUACCUGCCAAUUACUUUUGGAGACAAGUUCAUUCCAUAUGUUGGUCCCAUCAUCCCUUGUAUCCUUAAGGCACUGGCAGAUGAGAAUGAGUUUGUGCGGGACACUGCCCUGCGUGCUGGCCAGAGGAUCAUCAGUAUGUAUGCAGAGACAGCCAUUGCACUGCUUCUGCCACAGCUUGAGGAUGGCCUGUUUGAUGACUUGUGGAGGAUAAGGUUUAGCUCAGUUCAGCUCCUUGGAGAUCUUUUAUUCCAUAUCUCAGGAGUCACUGGAAAAAUGACGACAGAAACUGCCUCAGAGGAUGACAACUUCGGAACAGCCCAGUCAAACAAGGCUAUUAUUAAUGCUCUUGGUGUGGAGAGGAGGAACAGGGUGCUGGCAGGGCUGUACAUGGGUCGCUCUGACACCCAGCUGGUAGUGCGUCAAGCUUCUUUACACGUUUGGAAGAUUGUAGUUUCAAACACUCCUCGCACGCUGCGUGAAAUUUUGCCAACACUCUUUGGGCUUCUGCUGAAAUUCUUGGCCAGCACUUGUGCAGAUAAGCGAACGGUUGCAGCACGGACAUUAGGAGACCUUGUCCGGAAGCUAGGAGAGAAGAUCCUUCCUGAAAUCAUUCCCAUUCUGGAGGAUGGACUAAGGUCAGACAAGAAUGAUGAAAGGCAAGGAGUCUGCAUUGGGCUGAGUGAGAUAAUGAAAUCUACCAGCAGGGAUGCGGUACUGGUUUUCUCUGAGUCCCUGGUGCCUACAGUGAGAAAAGCACUAUGUGACCCUCUGGAAGAAGUGAGAGAGGCUGCAGCUAAAACAUUUGAACAGUUGCACUCAACAAUUGGGCAUCAGGCUCUUGAAGAUAUCCUUCCAUUUUUGUUGAAGCAGCUGGAUAAUGAGGAGACAUCUGACUUUGCUGUGGAUGGCCUUAAGCAAGUUAUGGCUGUCAAGAGCCGUGUGGUACUGCCUUAUUUGGUGCCAAAGCUGACUACUCCCCCUGUGAACACCCGUGUGCUGGCUUUCCUCUCAUCAGUAGCAGGGGACGCUCUGACAAGGCACUUGAGUGUCAUCCUGCCUGCUAUGAUGUCUGCACUGAAGGAGAAGCUGGGGACUAGUGAAGAGCAACUGGAAAUGGCAAAUUGCCAGUCUGUAAUCCUUUCUGUGGAAGAUGAUGUUGGACAAAGAAUUAUAACUGAAGAUUUACUAGAAGCUACCCGCAGCCCUGACCUGGGAAUGAGACAAGCAGCAGCUAUCAUUCUGAAUAUCUACUGCUCCAAGACAAAAGCAGACUAUACUGGUCAUCUCAAGAACUUGGUUUCAGGCUUGAUACGUUUAUUUAAUGAUACCAAUCCUGUAGUUUUGAAUGAAAGUUGGGAUGCACUUAAUUCCAUCACCAAGAAAUUAGAUGCUGGGAACCAGCUUGCUCUCAUUGAGGACCUACACAAGGACAUCCGGGUUGUUGGGAACGAGGCCAAAGGCGAGCAUGUGCCAGGGUUUUGUAUUCCUAAGAAGGGAGUGACUUCUAUACUUCUGGUGCUGCGUGAAGGUGUUCUAACUGGUAAUCCAGAGCAAAAGGAGGAAGCAGCAAAGGCCCUGGGGCUGGUUAUUAAGCUGACUUCUGCAGAAGCUCUUAAGCCAUCUGUAGUGAGCAUUACUGGACCACUUAUUCGUAUCUUGGGAGAUCGGUUCAGCUGGAAUGUCAAAGUGGCUCUGCUUGAAACAUUAAGCCUUCUUUUAGCCAAGGUUGAGAUUGCCCUGAAACCAUUUUUGCCUCAACUGCAAACAACCUUCACCAAAGCUCUGCAAGAUUCAAACCGUGCUGUUCGCCUUAAAGCUGCUGAUGCUCUUGGUAAACUUAUUGUUAUCCAUGUGAAAGUGGAUCCUCUUUUUACUGAGCUACUGAAUGGAAUUCGUUCCAGUGAUGACUCUGCCAUCAGGGACACGAUGCUGCAAGCACUGCGGUUUGUAACACGAGGAGCUGGUGCAAAAGUAGAUGCCACAAUUAGGAAGAACAUCAGCACGGUGCUUCUUGGGAUGCUGGGACAUGAUGAGGAUGCCACCCGCAUGGCUUCAGCUGGCUGCUUAGCAGAACUGUGUGCAUUUCUGUCAGAAGAAGAGCUCAAUACUGUUCUCCACCAGCACUUACUGGCAGACAUCUCUGGAAUUGACUGGAUGGUGAGACAUGGACGAAGCCUGGCCCUCUCAGUGGCUGUAAAUGUUGCUCCUUAUAGGCUGUGUUCCCCUAAGUACUAUAACAGUGUUCUGGAGAUGAUCCUCAGCAAUGCCACUGCUGACAGGAUACCCAUUGCAGUUAGUGGCAUCAGAGGGAUGGGCUUUCUUAUGAAAUACCACAUGGAAGAAGGAGGGAGCCUGCCUCCAAAACUUUCCAGCCUCUUUAUUAAGUGUCUCCAGAACUCAUCCAGUGACAUAAAGUUAGUUGCAGAAAAAAUGAUCUGGUGGGCAAAUAAAAACCAUCUUCCUGCACUGGAUCCUCAGGCAAUUAAGCCCAUUCUCAAAGCACUUCUGGACAACACAAAAGACAAGAACACCAGUGUCAGAGCUUACAGCGACCAAGCCAUUGUUAAUCUGCUGAAGAUGAGAGCGGGUGAACAAGUGCUUGAGUCUGUUUCCAAGAUUUUAGAUGCUGCCAGCUUGGAGCUUCUCAACGAAAGCUGCAGGAGAUCUCUUAAGAAGCUGGCUGGCCAGGCUGACUCUGAUGAACAGAUAGAUGACACUAUACUGACGUGAUGAUCGAGCUCCCGAAGACAAAACAACACUGACCCAACCGCUGCAUCAGCAUUUCAACUCAAAACACCUACUUUAAAUGUUUUCAUUUUUGAAAAUGUUAAUUCUGAUGGGAUUUCAUGAAAAGGACUCCCAGAGAGUAUUUUAGUAUCAAAUAUACCAGAAUAGCCUUAAUUAGACCCACUUUAGCUGAAAUUUGAAAAUUUGGUCCCCUUUUUGAAAUAGUUAAUGCACAAGAAACAGAUAUACUAAUCUAUACUGAUAAAUUGUGGCCAAUUGUGAGAUGUGGCUAGAGCACAUCAGGCUUAAACUCUGGUGAAAUCUACUUGUUUUCCAGGGUCUGUGCCAAAACUCCAGUAUUGGAAGUACUGUUGUUUUUUCCAGAGACCCUGUGAAGCCAGAAUUGUUUUUGUGUACUGCUAACUUGCUGCUUGUGACGGUUCUGAAGACUGAAAAUCCCUGUAAAACACAGUAUUUAAAACAGCCUUAGAAAUCACAAAUACAAGGGGGGAAUUAAAUGCAGUCUGUUUAAAGAAGGAACAUUUAAUAAAGGCUUUGACUUUGA